AUGCCGCGUUUCUACUGCGAGUAUUGCGAUGUGUACCUUAAGACAGCGUCCCAGGGCUGCCGAAAGGAGCACAACUUCGGCCGAAAACACAUCAACAACAAAAUUGACUACUAUACUGGGCUCAUCCGGGAGAAGCAGCUCGCGCCACCAAUACACGCACCACCACUUUGGCUGGUACUACUCGUUGUCGUUUCACGUUUAUUUUGCACACUAGCCUUUUAUUUUGGUUUGUUCUGUUUUAAUUUGCAUGAACAACAUCGCCGACAAAAAAAGUAUGUUUUUCUGAAAUUUAUGAACUACAGGUGAGCAGGAUGCGAAAGAAGUACAUGGCGCAAGUCGCACAACAAAACCAAGGCGCCGUGCCCGCCCCAUUAAUACCGAAAGCUGCAGAACCAACACCAGCGGCAGCGCGGCUUGUGCUCCCACCAACAGCAAUGGCUGCCGGUAUAGAAAUUUACAUUUUUUGUUCCAUGCAUGCGGGAUCCCUACGUGGUGACUUCUAUGUGUAAUCGAAGUUUUGGAGACCGCAAGGCUUCUUUAUUCAAAUGGUAAAAUCAAAAAAAAAAUCAAAACAGUCCCAAAUCCGAAUGCGGCCGUGCAGGCGGGAAUUCACCCGGGCAUGAUGGCUACGAUGAUGGGCGGUAUGGGCGGCAUGCCGCAGAUGCCAGGAAUGCCGAGACCAUAGCGAGAUAUUUUUUAUCCCAUGAGUAGUAAACCCAACCGACGGAAUAAACCCAUGCUAAAAAGCAAGCGCGAUGACCUAGUUCCGCCUGACGACAAAUGAACAGCACGAAACGAAAAAACCAAU